AUGUCGGGUGGAAACGAAGAAGAUCAGCUGGCACAAUGCCAAGCAUAUGUUCAACGACACAAUAUUCAACAGCUUGUUAAAGAGGCUAUCGUGGUCCUUUGCAUACACAAACCCGACAACCCAGUUCUUUUCUUGAAGGAGCAUUUUGAAAAACUCAACGAACGCGCUCAGGAAGGACUUCACCCGGACGCUCCCGAUGAGGAUGACAUAAUCAUCGAGCCACCAAAGCGAUCAGGAGGACGACGAACUGGAAUCUCAGCGGAGCCAAUCAAAGAAGAUGACACUGAAUAUAAAAAGGUUGUGAUUCCCAAAGACGAUGCUACUCGUAAAUCUCUCGAGUCAGCGAUGCGCAAAAACUUGUUGUUUGCUCAUUUGGAGGAAGAUGAGCAGAAGACUAUGUAUGAUGCGAUGUUCCCAGUCGAGAAGAAGGCCAAUGAAACCAUCAUUGAACAAGGAGAAGAAGGAGAUAAUUUUUAUGUCAUCGACAAAGGAACUGUUGACGUAUAUGUCAACCACGAAUAUGUUUUGACCAUCAAUGAAGGAGGAUCUUUCGGUGAACUUGCUUUAAUUUACGGCACCCCGAGAGCGGCCACAGUCAUUGCCAAAACUGACGUCAAACUCUGGGCCAUUGAUCGUUUGACUUAUCGCCGCAUUUUGAUGGGAUCGGUUACCAAGAAGAGAAAGAUGUACGACGAAUUCCUUUCAAAAGUUCAGAUUCUCGCUGACCUUGAUCAAUGGGAGCGCGCGAAUGUGGCAGACGCAUUGGAGAGAUGCGAUUUCGAACCAGGCACUCACGUCGUGGAGCAGGGACAACCCGGUGACGAGUUCUUUAUCAUUCUUGAAGGAGAAGCAACUGUUCUUCAAAAGAGAAGCGAUGACGCACCAUUCGAUACUGUCGGACAUCUUGGACCAAGCGAUUACUUUGGAGAGAUUGCUCUUCUUCUUGACCGCCCACGUGCGGCCACAGUUGUUGCCAAAACUCAUCUUAAGUGCGUUAAGUUGGACCGCGCUCGAUUUGAACGCGUCAUGGGACCAGUUCGCGAGAUUUUGAAGAGAGACGUUUCCAACUACAACUCAUACGUUAAGCUCAUGACCUAA